UCUAUUGUACAUGCAUUGCAUCGCUAUCUCAUUAUUCUCCUGAUCCUAGGUAUACCUCACUAUGUUUAUGGCUUCAAGCAAUACUCACAGGGUGCAAUGGCAACGUACAUGAAAUACCCAAAAGGAGCCAUUAACCAUAAAGUGCCCAAGAGCAUCCCGGCUUGGCAGGCAGCCUUCAUUGAGCCCCUGGCCUGCUCAGUGCAUGCGGUGGAGCUGGGGUCAGUGGGGUUCAGAGACACUGUGGUGGUGGCUGGCUGUGGACCUCUGGGGCUGGGCAUGGUGGCUGCUGCAAGACUCAAGAGCCCGGCCACUCUCAUUGCCCUAGACCUCUUCGACUGGAAGUUGGAAGUGGCCAAGAAGUGUGGGGCUGAUGUGGUUCUGAAUCCAUCACAUUGUGAUGUUGUGGAGGAGGUCCACUCUCUCACUGGUGGCUAUGGCUGUGACAUAUACAUCGAGGCCACUGGUCACCCCCAGAGUGUCAAACAGGGGCUUUUAAUGCUGUGUAAGAUGGGAACAAUGGUGGAGUAUGGCGUGUUUGGACAAGAGGCUACAGUUGACUGGACUAUCAUAUCAGAUGCUAAAGGUAUGUGAGUGGCCCUGCCAGUGUUUGUGGUAUGUUAUUGUAGGGUACUCUUUCAGUGCAGUAAGCUCUAUCAGCAUUUUCACUAUAGAGCUAACAAUUAGGGGAGGUCACUGCAGUCCAUACACCUACCCCAAAGCUAUCUCCAUGAUUGAAAAGAAGCAGCUACCACUGGAGGAUAUUAUCACACACAGGCUCCCCCUGAAAGAUGUGGAGAAGGGAUUGAAACUAGUGAACAGUAGCAAAGAGUCAAUCAAAGUUGUUCUGCUACCAUCACAAGACGUAGAAUCAUGAGGUUUUCUGAUGGGUCAACUGCGUUGAGAUUACGCACUUCAAAAUUCCCAACCAUCACACAGUCAUUUCGACCUAUUCACGCGUCCACACAUGGAUCGCACAAUUUCUGCAUCA